GGCCCGGGCCAUGGCUGGGCUCCCGAAGCUUGUGGUCUUCGACCUGGGUGAGGGCCCGACUGGGGGCAAUUUUGUAGGGCGCUCUCCUUUCCCAAACCCCAGUUGCCGCUCUCGAGGCCCUGCGCCCUCCAAAGCUGAACGCCCCCCUUCCUCUCGCAGAUUACACGCUCUGGCCAUUCUGGGUGGACACGCACGUAGACCCCCCGUUCCACAAGGGCAGGUGAGGCAGGGCUGGGGGGACGCGCCCGGUGGGGCGGCCGGCGCUGAGCGCACUCUCGUCCUCUCCAGUGAUGGAACUGUACGAGAUAGGCUGGGCCAGGCCGUCCGACUGUACCCAGAGGUGUCUGAGGUCCUGGAACGACUGCAAGGCCUUGGGGUGCCCGUCGCGGCCGCUUCACGGACAAGUGAGAUUGAAGGGGCCAACCAGCUGCUGGAGCUCUUUGACCUUGUCAGAUACUUUGUUCAUCGGGAAAUCUAUCCAGGCAGCAAAGUCACACACUUUAAGAGGUUGCAGCAGAAGACUGGAGUUCCUUUCUCCCAGAUGAUCUUCUUUGAUGAUGAGAAGCGGAAUAUUGUAGACGUCGGCAAACUGGGUGUAACCUGCAUUCAUAUUCGGAAUGGAAUGAGUCUUCAAACCCUAACUCAAGGAUUAGAGACAUUUGCAAAGGCCCAAGCCUGAGGUCCGGUCUUGUGGAUGAGCCUCAUUGGAGGCAUAAAACUGAAAGGAAAUCAGGAAAGCAUUUACAGGUGUAUUUGUAAAUUAUUAAAGUGUAUUUGCAUGUGACAGAAGAGGACUUA